AUGGUGUCUAUGGACACGCACAAAGGGAGUUUUAGACUGAGAAACAUGUUGAUCGUUUUGUUGGAGCACUGGUGCACGAGACAUCAAGAAAUGCAGAAGUGGAUUGCACAUAUAGUCCACAAGAUGGGACAGCACUCCUUCCGCCAUGCGGGGUUUUUGGAGGAAACACAUUGCAAUCAACAGUGGACAGGAAAUAGCGGGGGAAUCGAAAAUGCAAAGGCAGAUGAUGUUUCAUGGUCUCUUAGCAAAAAGAGUGUAAAAAGCGGACAUCGAAACUAUACUGAUGGCUGGAGAGGGGAAGAGAAUCGCACUGUGGAUGAACGCCCACAAGACUGUCAAUGUUUCUCAUAUUGGGUGCUUAUGAAAAUGUUGAUUGUUUUCCGCUGCCCUCUAUCUGAAGGAGUUUAG